UAUGGAUGAUCAAAUAUCUGGAAAACUAGAAAUGCUUUUCGCUCAUCUUACUAUUAAUAAUGUAAGAGAUAUAAAACCUUUAUUAUUUGAUGCCAUUGAUGAAUACCAAAGCAUAAGGUCUAAUUUAACGUAUGACCAGAAGCAGAAAGUGAAUUUUAUAAAAACACUACUGUACCAUGCUGAGAGAGAAGAAUGGAACCAGGCUAGGGACCAGCUGAAUGGAGCACAGAGAGCAUAUCAGGAAUACAUGAGUAAUAAAACAAAAAUAACUGGAUACAGUCAGAGACUGGGUUAUGCACAAAUCCAUGGUAGAAGAGGACAAGCCAGUGAAAAUGGUCAACUAGCCUUGCCAUGGAAAGAAGUUACUUCGGACAAGUACAUGUUUAAAAAUGAAGGCGCCUUUUCUGAAGAAAAAGCGGAGAAAGAUUCUUCAAAGAUACGAGCCUUGAAAGAGGAAAUCGUGUCACAUAAAACAACAUCGCCAGGGUCAAGUAGACAAUCCAAGACUGUUACCCGCACACCGGAUGAAGAUGAACAGGGGCCGGAGAGAAAGACAACGUUUCUCAAUAGACCAGCGAUUGAACUUCAUUCUAGAGGUUAUCCAGGAAGUUACGCAAAUCAAAUGCACAAUAGACCAAGAACAUUAAAAGAUGCACUCGAAGUUGUCAAUGAGAGGAAAGAUGUAAAUGUUAAAGAGGCAGCCGACACAGACGGAUUUGACCCAAACCGGCCUUCACGUAUCGCUGAUGCAUAUCAGUCUCUGUAUGCAAAUGAGUGGAAGCUCGCACUCUCGGCAAUAAAACGUGCUGCUGUUAUAGAGGAAACAGCGAUAGAAUGUUUGCUUUACAUCCUUACGGAAGCCUACAAAGAAUGUAUAGACGAAGCCGAAGCCCAAAUUUUACAGUUCGAGCAUGCAGCCCUUAAUAUUGUUACAGACGGAAAAUAUACAAAGUAUGAUAAGGAUAUAUUCGGCAGAACUGGAAAUGUCAAACAUAUGCUACAAUAUCGUAAAGAAGUAUCUGAUCUAUCAGUGAAACGACUACAAGACUCGUUUCUUACAAAGACAUUGCCAGUAAUUCACCGACGGUAUGGUGUAAAGAAAGAUGAUUAUAUUGACAGCUAUAGCCGCCAGUGUAUUGUUGUGACAUGGAGGAUGGUGAUACAGGACCCUCCUUUGCACAUUGACAUUGUUGAACCAGACAAAAACAUUGACUUUAAUCAUAGCUUAUAUCGGCCAUUUUCUAAAUCUGGUGAUAAUAUCCGUUUCCUGGUAUGGCCUGUGUUGAGAAUUUACAAAAAAGGACCUGUCUUAUGUCAAGGUGUUGCUCAAGGAUAAUAAGGAAUAUGUAAAUACUUUGUGAAAAGGUUUAUAGUAUCAGCAAGACUUUACUAUGAGUUUUAAAUGAUUAACAAGAUAAAAUUCACGCUAUGUAUUUCAUUGCUUAAUUGCCUAAAUAUCUAUAUAAAGCUCGUUUAUCGAUAAACUAAGCGUGUGCACCACUUACUAAUGUAAUCGUAACUGUUUACGCAAUGUCCAAAUGCUAUAAAAGCUCACAUGAAAAGAUAUGAUGCGGUAGUGUAUAUGAAUACUCUGUAAAGACAUAUUUUGGCCUGUAAAAGGAUUUGGGCGAAAACUUAGGAAAUAAACAUAUUAAGAUAUCUUUAAUCAGCAAAUAUGAUUUUUCUACUUUUUCUACUUUAUACAUAGUCUAAACCACCUUACAAUAAUUUGAUAAAUGAAAAACCUAUCGUUCUUAUUAAAAAGUCCAGGGAUACUUGUUCUUGCAUGUCAUUUCAGCCCGGAUUUUUAUAGCAUUCCUUUGAUGUAUUUAUGCUGUCCUCUUUUGCCUUAUUACUUUGUUGAACCUGUUGUGUCUGGAUAUCUAUUUCAGGUUUGUUUUAGGGGUCGGCGUUCUAAGAACGUGAAUAUACUUUGUUCAGUUCAUUAUACUUUCUUCCUAUAGAAAUAGACAUCUAUUAAUAUUA